GUGAGCAGCUUACGGCGUGUGUGUUGCGAUCUUGUGAGUUGAUCAUGAAGUCUUCUGGAGCCGUGAUGCUGCUGCUGUGGCUGGUGGUGUGUGUGGGAGCUGCGGAUCUACGUCCUCCCCAGGACGAUGCGUUGAUGACAGAAAUGAGAAAGGAGCUGAGAGCUGCCAAAGAAGCACUGCAAGUGAGAGAGCAGCCAAGAGUUGCCUUCUCCCUCUCCUUUGCUGUGAAUGAGGACAAACACAUCGGCCCCUUUGACCAAGACACAACUCUGAUCUUCAACUUCCCUUUCGUCAACGUGGGCAACCACUAUGACACGGUCAAAGGCGUGUUCACGGUGCCCCGCUGCGGAGUGUACCAGUUCCACUACCAUGUCUUUGCUGGCGGGGAUCACGGCGCAGGAGCCAAGCUGGAGGUCAAUGGCAAUCACAUGGUGUCAGCCUACAACCACAAGGCACCGCACGACAUCAACACCUCGCAGACCGUCCUCCUGGACCUGAAGACAGGAGACAGGGUGUGCCUGCGUUUGGAGAAGGGCUGGUGGUUGGCAGCCUACACCGCUCACCCGACCACCUUCAGUGGCAUGCUCCUGUUCGAAGCACCGACCAUCACGCCUGUGGCGUGAGGACGGGAGCUUUAGUCCAAUGAGAUGGACUACACUGCACUCUGGGUGGUUGUGGUUGACUCACCUGGGUAGGGUACACAUGGUGCUGAUUCAUCCACACAGACUUGUGUCAAGGGUGAUGCUAGUCAUUUUAUUGCAUGUACCCAUGUCUUAAAAAUAAAAUGGUCCAAAAAGA